AAUUUCUAUUGUCAGUUGAUCUCCUUACUAAAAAGAAAAUGGAUGGCAUGAUUAAGAUCUAAUCAUGACUGUUGAUUCUACACAAUUUAUACAAUAAUUAAAGUUGAAUAUAUUCAGCUGAGUAUAAUUCACACCAAGGCAGAGACCAGAGACCAGAAGACCCAACACAACCAAAUUCAAUUUAAUUUUCCCACCUCUUAUCCUACGCAUAAUACCUCAGUCCCCUGCUACGACACGCCCUUACCCAUUACAAUUUUCUUCUGUGACCGUUUUUUAUUUUUUUUGGGGUUGAACACACUAACCUCACCACUCACAUGAAAGUUCCACUUUCUUCUUCGUCAACCAUUUCGAAACCUCUCUGAAAAAUCAAUGGCGAGGAGUCACCGGUUUAGCAACCGGUUACUCCUUUUUAUCCUACUAACAUUAGAAACGGCACAACGUCCAACAACAGCCGAUCCAAACGACGAGGCGUGUUUAAAAAACCUCCGUGAAAGCAUACAAGACCCGGCGAGCAACCUCCGUAACUGGACAAACUCCGUCUUCUCAAACCCAUGCUCAGGCUUCACCUCAUACCUCCCCGGAGCUACCUGCAACAACGGAAGAAUCUACAAACUCUCCCUCGCAAACCUCUCCCUCCGCGGCACCAUCUCUCCGUUUCUCUCCAACUGCACAAACCUCCAGUCCUUAGAUCUAUCCUCAAACCAGAUCUCCGGCGUUAUCCCGCCGGAGAUUCAGUACCUCGUCAACCUCGCCGUCCUUAACCUCUCGUCUAACUAUCUCUCCGGCGAAAUCACGCCGCAGCUCGCUCUCUGCGCUUACUUAAACGUGAUCGAUCUCCACGAUAACCAGCUCUCCGGUUCGAUUCCUCAGCAGCUAGGUCUCUUAGCGAGGCUGUCUGCGUUUGAUGUUUCGAACAACAAACUCUCCGGUCAGAUCCCGACGUAUCUGUCGAACCGAACCGGGAGUUUCCCGAGGUUUAACGCGAGCUCGUUCGUAGGGAACAAGGGACUGUACGGGUACCCGUUGCAGGAGAUGAUGAUGAAGAGUAAAGGCUUGUCUGUGAUGGCCAUCGUUGGGAUUGGGUUAGGGAGUGGCGUGGCGAGUUUGAUGAUUAGCUUUACUGGUGUUUGUUUAUGGUUGAGGAUUACUGAGAAGAAGAUGGUUGAAGAAGAAGGUAAGAUUAGUCAAUCUAUGCCUGAUUACUAAACUAAUUUACGGCCAACGAUUACUAAACUAAAAUCAUUCUUCAUUUGUUGAGUUUUAUUUUAUUUUUCGUUUCCUAUAUAGUUUUUGUUGUUGUUAUUAUUUAUGUUUUGAGUUAUAUUUUAAGGAAUGAGAAUAUUCUUUAUGGGAAGGUGAAGCAGAAGAAAUAGGAUAAUGAAUUAAUUUAGUUAAACUGAGA